AUGCAGCGAAGCUUCACUCUGCUCUGCACCAGUUUUCUGGGAUUGUGCUUUGGUUCCAGCUUCCCAAGUAAUAUCAACAUAGGGGGAUUAUUCCCAACCGAAUCACACGAAUAUGAAGUGUUUCGGUUUGCGCUUUCACACCACCAGGAUAUCCCCAAACUGGUGCCUCAGGUGGAUAUGGUCAAGAUGGGGAAUAGCUUUUCCAUGACAUAUGCUUUCUGUUCUCAGUUCUCCAAGGGCGUGUACGCCAUCAUUGGAGUAUACGACAGAAAGACGGUGAAUAUGCUGAUGUCGUUUUGCGGAGCCCUGCACGUCUGCUUCGUCACGCCGAGCUUCCCCAUCGAGACGUCCAACCAGUUUGUGAUCCAGCUGCGGCCCGAGCUGCAGGAUGCGUUGGUGGGAGUCAUCGAGCACUACAAAUGGAGCAAGUUUGUCUACAUGUACAGCUCAGACUCAGGACUCUCGGUCCUUCAGAAGGUUCUCGAUAUAGCUGCUGAGAAGAACUGGCUGGUGACCUCGGUGAACGUGGAGACGAUGACGGAGGCAUCUUUCCUCAAAGUUUUCCAGGAUCUGGACAAGAGGAAGGAGGGCCAGAUUAUAAUAGACUGCGAGCUGGAGAGACUAAAAUCCAUCCUUAAAAAGAUUGUGGAGCAAGGAAAGAAUGUGAAGAGUUACCAUUACAUUCUAGCGAACCUGGGUUUCCUGGACAUUGACCUGACUGAGUUUAAGAAGGGAGAAGCCAACGUGACCGGGUUUCAGCUGGUGGACUACUCGGAUCAGAACGUCAGCCGGAUCGUGCAGCAGUGGAUGGACUUUGACAACAAAGACGCCAAAAUUCCCAAGAGAGGAAUAAAGUAUACUGGAGCCCUCACAUAUGAUGGGGUCAAAGUUAUGCACACAGCUUUUCAAAACCUUCGGAGGCAGCGAAUUGACAUAUCUCGCCGUGGAAAUGCUGGAGAGUGCCUUGCCAAUCCGCCGGCUCCCUGGGGCCAAGGCAUUGACAUUCAGAGAGCACUCCAGCAGGUUCGGAUUGAGGGCCUAACAGGACACAUCCAGUUUAAUGAGAAAGGACGCCGAACCAACUACACUGUCAACGUGAUGGAACUCAGACCGACAGGGCCAAAGAAAGUGGGCUAUUGGAACGAGAAUGAGAAGUUUGUGAACACGGCAGCAUACACACCUGGUAGCAAUGACACUUAUGGACUUCAGAACCGUACCUACAUUGUCACUACAAUUCUGGAAUCCCCAUACGUGAUGUUGAAGAAGAACCACGAACAGCUGGUUGGGAAUGAUAAAUAUGAGGGUUACUGCGUAGAACUGGCCGCUGAGAUUGCUAAGCACGUGGGAUACCACUACAAGCUGAAGAUAGUGUCCGACGGGAAAUACGGAGCGAGGGAUCCUGAUUCCAAGAUGUGGAAUGGGAUGGUGGGGGAGCUUGUAUAUGGCAAAGCCGACGUUGCCGUGGCGCCCCUGACCAUCACGUUGGUGAGAGAGGAAGUCAUUGACUUCUCCAAACCCUUUAUGAGUCUGGGCAUCUCCAUCAUGAUCAAGAAGCCUACCAAGUCCAAGCCGGGGGUCUUUUCCUUCCUGGACCCCCUGGCUUACGAGAUCUGGAUGUGUAUAGUGUUUGCGUACAUUGGAGUGAGCGUGGUGCUUUUUCUAGUCAGCCGAUUCAGCCCGUACGAAUGGCACGCCGAGGAUUACGAGGACGGCGUCGAGCAGAACCCCAACCAACCGUCCUCCUCCGUGGCCCAGCAGGGCCAGCUGCAGCAGAACCAGAACCAACAAAACCAGGAGCAGACUAACGAAUUUGGCAUCUUCAACAGUCUCUGGUUCUCUCUGGGAGCUUUCAUGCAGCAAGGCUGUGACAUCUCCCCAAGGUCUCUCUCUGGUCGUAUCGUGGGUGGUGUCUGGUGGUUCUUUACCCUCAUCAUAAUCUCUUCGUACACGGCUAACCUGGCAGCCUUUCUCACAGUGGAGAGGAUGGUCUCUCCCAUCGAGAGUGCAGAAGACUUGGCCAAGCAGACAGAGAUUGCCUAUGGAACCCUGGAUGCCGGCUCCACUAAAGAGUUCUUCAGGAGGUCAAAAAUCGCCGUCUUUGAGAAGAUGUGGUCCUACAUGAAGUCAGCUGACCCCUCAGUGUUUGUGAAGACCACUGACGAAGGUGUAAUCAGGGUGAGAAAGUCUAAAGGAAAGUACGCUUACCUUCUGGAAUCUACCAUGAACGAGUACAUUGAGCAGCGCAAACCCUGUGACACCAUGAAAGUAGGGGGCAACCUGGACUCUAAAGGUUACGGUAUUGCGACCCCUAAAGGCUCCCAUCUCAGAAACCCAGUAAACCUGGCAGUGCUAAAACUGAACGAGCAGGGCCUCUUGGACAAAUUGAAAAACAAAUGGUGGUACGACAAGGGCGAAUGCGGCAGCGGGGGAGGUGAUUCCAAGGACAAGACCAGCGCUCUGAGCCUCAGCAAUGUGGCUGGAGUCUUCUACAUCCUGAUUGGUGGGCUGGGCCUGGCCAUGCUGGUGGCCCUGGUGGAGUUCUGCUAUAAGUCCAGGACUGAGUCUCGCAGAAUGAAGCAAUCCAUCAACGAUGCCAUGCGAUGUUCCACGUUAACGAGAAUGAGUGGGAACGGCAGCGGAGGGGAGAACGGCCGCAUCGUAACACAUGAUUUCCCCAAAGCCGUGCAGACGCUGCCGUGUAUGAGCCACGCUGCAGGGAUGGGUCUCGGCGCCUCGGGAAUGUGA